AUGCUGCGAUUUCUUCUCAAUUUGUUGAUAUUUGCCCGGUUUGCCGAUGGCCAGAGCAGCAGCACAUCCGUCCUCCCGAUGUCCGCUACAAGCACGCAGAUAUUCUACACAUCACCGGCGCCCGAUCCGGACGCGAAAGGGACUCUGCGCAUUGGAUUUAUGGUUGCCGAUUCGAUCCGCGCCACAGAAAUCGGCUUCUCACAAUCUGCCGGUGUCAUUUCGCUGGCACUUGAUGAGCUCCGUGCCCAGAACAUUCUAACCCAUUGGAAUAUUGAGUUCUUUCUCAAUUUCACCGAAUGCAACGAGACCCUCGCUGCCGGAACGGCUGUUGAAAUGCUCACGCUCAACGAUGUACAGGCGAUCAUCGGUCCGCCAUGCAAUCAGGCCAUCUUUCCCGUGGCCGUCAUCAGCUCGUACUACCGCAUCCCGCAAUUUGCUUGGGGCUACUCGAACGCCAACGCCUACUCGGACGUCAAUCGUUUUCCGUACCUCAGCAUAAUCACGCCCAAUUCGUUGCAGUACGGCUACGCUCUCGUCUCGAUCAUGCAAAAGUAUCAAUGGAAUCAAGUGGGGAUCGUGUAUUCAACUGAUGAAGUGGCGUAUUGCGACAAUAUGAUUUCGGAUUUCGAGACGGCGAUCGCCGACCCUACCGUCUACAACAUCGAUAUCAUGACCCGUGCAAGCGUUAACAGCUUAAACGCGAGCUUUAUUGAUCCCGUGAUGCCGCGCUUGAAAUCCCGGGCCAGAGUUUUCCUACUCUGCUUUAUGUCCGACUACCGCUAUCGUCAGUUCUUCAUCUCGGCUUACCGCAAUAAUAUGACAAGCUCCGAGUACGUGUACAUUGGGCUGAAGAUGGGCGGCUACGGCUUUGCCGCCAACUCCUACGUCAACUCGACUACCGUGGAUAGGUCGGAAGAACAAGAAGUCAUUACAGUCUCGGAUGGACAGACGCCAAUUUGGGUGGAUGGAUACUACAACAAUGCCGACGGAAUGAACGACAAGGCCAAGCAGGUCGCUGCGAGGACACUUAUUUUGGAUAUCCAGAGGACGUCCGUCACCGCAAGCGGAUUGUCCAACGACGAUUAUCGAAAAGCUGUUUUGACUAGGCUACGCGACUACCCGUUCUAUUGCGCGACGCUGAACUGCACGAAUAACCUGGACACUGGCGAUGCGGUGGCUGUCUACACCAGCUAUCUGCACGACGCCUUCUUCCAGUGGGCCAUCCUGGCCAACAAGAGCAUCGCCGCAAAUAAUGGCCAAUUCGACCUGACACAGAUGAUCCAAAUGAUGGGCACGUCGGCUGCGUCGUUUAACGGAUACUCCGGAAAUGUGGAAAUGACGUCGAAUGGGACCCGAUCACCGCAAUUUUUCCUAUAUGGAUUGGACAAUAUUUUCCAGCAGAAGCUGUUCCUCAAUAUUUCACCGACCACUAUUGAUUCUUAUUAUAUGGAAGCCAUCAUGAAAUCAUCGCUCGAAUUCGACGGAUUUUUCAUGUACUCUCUGAUCCGGGAUAUCGUGGCUGGUCUGACUUAUAUUCACAAAUCGUCAUUGCAACUUCACGGAAAGCUUAACUCUCACGUGUGUAUGAUCGACGACCGGUGGCAGCUAAAAAUCAGCGGCUACGGGCUGACGUCCCUGAAAGAGGUUACCAAAGAAGAAACCUAUAAUGGACUCCUCUGGUCCGCACCAGAAAUCCUGCGCGGCCAGGAGCACGUCUCGAAAAAGGCCGACGUCUACGCGUUUGCGAUCGUCGCCUCGCAAGUGAUGACGCGGCGCAGUGCUUUUGAUAUUGAGAACCGAGCCGAGAGCGCUGAGGAAAUCGUGUACGCCGUGAAGAAGGGGUUGAAUCCGGCGAUGAGGCCGAAAAUUGAUUUGCCCGCCGAGGUGGAUAUGAGUCCGGCUAUGUCUGUUGAACCCGAAAGCUACGAGAUGGUGACGAUAUUCUUCUGCGACGUCGUCAAGUUUACGGUUUUGGCGGCGAAAUGUACGCCGUUGCAGAUUGUAAACAUGCUCAACGAGCUGUACUCCACGUUCGACCAGGUGGUGGAGAAUAAUUCUGUUUACAAGGUGGAAACCAUCGGCGACGCGUACCUCUGCGUAUCCGGGCUGCCAGUCCGGAACGGGCUUCUGCACGUCAAAUGCAUAGCCGAUAUGUCGCUCGACUUUUUGGAGACUGUUAAGGGCUUCCGCAUCGGUCACAUGCCGCAGGAACGGAUGCAGCUGCGAAUCGGAAUGCAUUCCGGGCCGUGUGUGGCGGGGGUUGUCGGGUUGACGAUGCCAAGGUAUUGCCUCUUCGGCGACACGGUCAAUACGGCUUCUCGGAUGGAAAGUAAUGGAAAACCCAGCCACAUCCACGUCUCGGCCGAUGCUCAUGCUCUGCUCUCCCAAUUUCCAGGAUAUGAAAUGGAAGCGCGUGGCGAAGUUAUAAUCAAGGGCAAGGGCAUCAUGGAAACGUACUGGCUGCUCGGGAAGCACGAC